AAAUGAUCAAUUUUUGUGAAAAUCGAUUCGUAGUCAAACACGUUAUUAUUAUUCCCAACGAUUCGUCGUAUAUCUGAAUCUAAUCCGACCGACCGAUUCGAUGGAGGACUGGUCUUGAAGUAGUUUUAGUGUUAAAGUUUAAGUGCAGUAAUUGUAGAUCAAGAGUCGACAUGUUAAUGAUAUUUUACACACUCGUGGGGCUUUUUAAUCGAUGAUAAAUUAAUUCAAAGGAGAGUGUCGACGUAAAAUGAAGUGCUAGGAGGGUCUCCCGCCUCGAUCACGGUACGAGAGAACGAACGUGUGCAAUAGCGCGACGUAGGAGCCCCCGGAGUCGCGUGAAUCCGCCCCUGCCACCAUCACCACUCGCCCGACGCCGGCACCUUCUCCGCUCGUCCUCUCCCGACGACGGUGUCUACCAUCCCAAACCCAACCCGAACCAGUCCAGAAAUCCCCACUCCGCGGCCGCGCACCGCGGCGACGGAAGUGUGGCAACGCUGCAGCUCGCCAGUGUCUCGGUCUUGGCGAGUUACUCGGGGGGGCUCAGGCCGAGUCUACCGAGUUUGUGUCUACCGGCGCGGGUAACCCGAAAGCGAGUGUGCCGAGGAUUAAAGUCGCGGGCCUCUUGCCGGCACGCGAGACCGUCUCGCUGCUCGAAGGCCAUAAACGGAUUGAACGUAAAUAUCGAGAAGGGAGGACACCGGCGGUACGGCGGAGAGGAGAAGUUUUCCAAAAGUUUUUCACGGCCGCGCGGAACCAGAACGAUCACAGGAGGGAUCGCGACGUUUAAAGAGAAGAAUUUAAAAAAAAAUCGCACGCACACGCGAAAGAAAAAAGGAAAAAAAAACAAGCCAACGAUCGGGACACGUUUCGCGCGUUUGUCGUUCAUCCGCGUCAUCUUUGCCCGCCGCCCGUGAUAACGCGAACGUGCGUCGCGUCGAAUUCUACAUGCGUUGUAUACAUAACCACCCGCGUACAUAUACAAGCAUAUAUAUAUAAAGAUACGAUACGAAGAUACGUAAUAUACGUAUCAUCUAUAGUAUAAAAUAAUAAAUACACGGUGAUCCACGCGCGACCAAAAACAGUGUAAAUGGCGCUCUCCGCACAGAACCAGUCGACGUCGUACGUGAACUUGUAUUACUCGAUCGUCCAGCGUGCGGCGACACGCUACUUUAAGGAAUAUUACAACUCCGAUACUGGCGCGCCCUACGUAUUAUACAAGGACAACAUGGAGAGACCCCAGGGGCAAUGGGGCCCGGGGCCGGGAUCUCUCCAGGACGGGGGACUGUACCCACAGCAACAGCAACAACAGCAACAGCAAGGCUCCACCUCGUCCGGCAGUCCACAGCAGGCCUGUGGUCCCCCUGUCGAGGGAGAAAGCGGUCCCCCGCCUUCGUUGGCCUCUCCCGUGCCCUCACCGUACCCCUCGGCACCGCCCGAGCCUCAAGCCUUAACCCCACCCGACGACGAUAUACAAUCGAAUCAAGCCACCUCUCAGCAGCAGCAGCAGCAGCAGCAGCAACAGCAACAGCAACAGCAACAACAGCAACAACAACAGCAGCAGCAGCAGCAGACGCAACAACAAGUCCAACAGCAGCAACAACAACAGGUUCAACAGCAGCAGCAACAGCAACAGACGCAGCAGCAGGAUCACUCGCCUCAACAACAAUUAACGCCGCACGAGGUAGACCGAAGCGAUUGUUUUCCCGGCGCCGGAGAGCUACAGCAGUAUCCGCAACACUACUUCAAAGAGGCCAGGCCGCAUCCGUCGCCGUCCGUGCCACCUCACAUGCUCACACCCGGUGGUUUCUCCGCGUUACACUAUCUAAAGCAACCGGGGGUUAUGUUGACGUCCCUCGGGCAAGGUGACGGCGGGCCCAGUUUGGACGCUCAUCAAUACGCCAGCCCCGGGGCACCGAACAUGGGGACAGGGUUGCCCGACAUCGUCCAGCAGAGCGGCAAGUCGGGCAAGGGCGCGAACAGCGAUCUACGAUUGUUCAAGUGUCUGACCUGCGGGAAAGAUUUUAAGCAAAAGUCGACACUGCUCCAACACGAACGGAUCCAUACGGACAGUCGGCCAUACGGGUGCCCAGAGUGCGGGAAGCGGUUCAGGCAACAAUCGCACCUAACGCAGCACCUGCGCAUACACGCGAACGAGAAGCCGUACGCUUGCGUGUACUGCGAGCGUACGUUCCGGCAGCGUGCGAUCCUCAACCAGCAUCUGCGCAUCCACUCGGGUGAGAAGCCAUACCAAUGUCCGGAGUGCGGAAAACACUUCCGUCAGAAGGCGAUCCUGAAUCAGCACGUCCGCACACACCAAGACGUGAGCCCGCAUCUGAUCUUCAAGAACGGAAUGACGCCGACGCUCUGGCCGCAGGACGUUCCGUUCCCCCCGGAGGAGGGCAAGGAGGAAGUGGCGUCGACGUUCGGCGACACGGACACACAGUCGGGAGCGUUCAGUCCGGCGCCGGACGCGAAUUCCAUCCAAUAUCCCGCCUACUUCAAAGAUCCGAAGGGCGGGAAUCACGCGGUGUUCGGUGCCGGUGGCACGGGCAGCUUCGGUGCUCUCCAAUACAUCAAGCAACAGGGCGGUACCAAGGGCUGUUUGCCGGACGUGAUACAACACGGUCGCUCGGCGGGGAUGCCGCUUUACGUGCGCUGUCCGAUUUGUCAGAAGGAGUUCAAGCAAAAAUCCACCUUGCUGCAGCACGGUUGCAUACACAUCGAAUCGCGGCCGUACCCUUGCCCGGAGUGCGGUAAAAGGUUCAGGCAGCAGUCCCAUCUGACCCAGCAUCUUCGCAUUCACACGAACGAAAAACCGUACGGUUGCGUUUACUGCGGACGUAACUUUCGUCAGCGCACAAUCCUGAACCAACAUCUGCGCAUCCACACCGGUGAGAAGCCGUACAAGUGUCAACAGUGCGGCAAAGAUUUCCGUCAGAAGGCGAUUUUGGACCAACACACGCGCACCCACCAGGGCGAUCGACCGUUCUGCUGUCCGAUGCCGAACUGCAGGCGGCGUUUCGCCACCGAGCCAGAGGUGAAGAAACACAUCGACAACCAUAUGAAUCCGCACGCGGCCAAGGUGCGCCGGAACUCGAGCAGCGACACAAAACCGCCCGGCACACCGGCAGGUUUGGGACCGGUGCCCGUCCCACGGGGACUCACGCCCACGGUGGUAAAGCCGGAGCUCUAUUUCCCGCAAUGUUACGCGCCCGCGUUCAAUCAUCAGCCGCCCGUGUCGACGUCGCAGUUCCCGGGCCAGGCGAACGGCGUAUCCGUUGCUGGCGAGUUCAAACCACCGACCGGUCUGCCGCCACAGUGACUAACCGUCCAUCCUGCCGCCUACUAGCAAGCAGGAAUACCGCUGAGGUUUCAGCGAUGCUUCGGUCACGCAUUGCAGACCGACGCCACCGCAGCGUCGAGCAUCGCGUCGCACCGAUGUAGCCAGCAGCCGAUCCAACAACACUACCCGUGACAUUUAUCGUACAUUUACUAGGGUCUUUCUUUUCGUUUCGCGGUUCGCUUACUUUCCUCGUUCCAUCGCUUCGCGGAGCCUCGGAACGCGCGUCGCCAGCUACCAAGGAGCUCGACGAUCGCCGCAAUGCCCCCGGGGCGUGCCUCGUGGCUUUUCUAUUCGUCGAACCGGACUCGACGGUGUGCAAUAAUAAAUCGUGGAAGAGCAAUGUCGCGAACGCGAAAUCACCGCUCGACGACUCGCGGUUUCGCCCUCGCGGUCCGCGCCUCUCCAGUCGCGUCGACUUCCAUCCUUAACCCGACGACGAACGGUCGAACCAGCGAAAUUAUUCGCGACUAGACUCGGAGCUAAAUCGAUCAGCCCCUCGAUCGUCAUCUUUGGGACGGAAUGUAAGCGCCGUCUUUCGGCGAAUCUUUCAAUUUCAACAAAAUCUCGGACGAUUUUCUUACGGUAGAAUUUCAUCGUUGAGUACAGUUUCAAGUAAAUACGGAAGAUAAAUAGCCCGCUGACAAAGGUGAGUGCAGAUGAAUCGAUUUCCAAUUGAUUCCGCGUCGACGCGACUCGCGACCGCGAGGGACCGAGGAAGGUCGAGGGCGGACCACGGCGAAAGCUAUCGUCGGGCUCGUCCGCCCGAGGUACCGAGAAAAGUAUAUCAACCAACGAAGAAUCUCGUCUAUUCUCCCAUACGUAUGUUUUAUAUUAACGAAUUAACGACGUACCUACUCGCGGGUUUUUUUCGUGGAUAAGCGAAUAGCUCGAGAGAGUUCGGUGGUUCCGGGCAGGCAGGCCGUCCGAGGUGUCGUUCGUCGCACCGUUCACACGCUCAUUCGGAACGUGUUCCAUCUGCGAACACGGGUCGAAGAUGUUCGAUUUCGACCAGACUAAUGCAAACAAACAAACAAACAAACAAAACAAAAA